AUGUCCGCUAUUCAGGCUUUUACUACUUUCCCUAUGGCCAACCUUCCGCAAGAUGUCUGGUUCCUGAUUGCAGGUUCCACCCGUCGCAAGGACCUCGCAUCUCUUGCAGCAGUCUCAAAGAUCCAUCUACAUGCUGCUCGCACCUUCCUUUAUUGUGACGUAUCCCUGAAGAAGACGCGGUGUACGAACGAGACUAUAUCCCUACUCCUGGAAUCGACGCUUGCUCUCAGAGUCGCGAGGUUGGAGUUGGUUACCGACGACUCGGAAGCCGUGGUUUCAACACCUCAUGUGGUGUGGCCUCCUUUGGAAAGCGUCAGACGGAUGAGCAACCUCCGAUGGUUGGCUCUUCGGGGCGUCCCACACCUUAGCAGGAACCCAUCACCUUUCCAGAGUAGCGAGCAGCAGGGGCGGUUCAUCUCCAUACUUAAUGACUCGUGUCCAAACCUAAAAGAGAUCGUGGUGGAUCCUCCACAUGAUGUGAUUGGACCAAAUUUUGGCCUCCAAGGACUUCAGAGGGUGAAGUGGUGCUCAUCUUCCGCCGUUCAAGCAGGCCCCGAUUCAUUCUCCCACCCCGCUCCUCGCACCCUUCUCCAGGCAUCCCGAACGACGUUAACUCACCUCUGCUUGUUUGGGUUCAUUGGCCUUGCAGAAGCGGAGUUGCUCGGGGCUCUCCGUUUCCCUUCGCUCCGGUCCCUGAUAUUGGGACCGUACAUGCAUCCAGACGAUGAAGGACCCGCUGAAGGCAUAGCUCGGUUCCUCAUUUCGCAUCCAACUCUCAUCGAACUUGGCCUGGGCUAUUUGCCUAAUGGCAUAGGAUCUAUCGUCCUUGACCCAAUCACCCUUGCAGAAGCAAAAGCCCCCAUCCUUCCUGCCUUGCGUCGCCUGCACGCCCACCCAUUAUGCGUUUACACUCUCGUACAGGCCGCGCCGCACUGCCUGAUCUCCUUAAUCUCGUUAGAGAUGGGGUCCGGCUGUUCCAACGUUAUAGACGAGUUCUCCCGCCUCUUCUGCGCUUUACCGCUCAUAGGACAACUUCCGAACAUGCGAAAAGUUGGGUACUACAUCGGCGAGUCUGCAGAAGAGAAGAUAGAGCUCUUCUCCGAAUGCAUUGACACCCUUUCGUCGGUCUGCCCUAAUGUGGAGGUUUGGGUCGGCGACCUACCGAUGGGCCUAACCCUCGGUUCUUUCACAAAGUCGUUUUCCAAGUUCAAGAAUUUACGCGAGAUAUUUAUCAGGGAAGCAGAUGAGUUUCCCAUUGUCGAUGCGACGAUGGAGUUGGCGUCCCAUUGCCUUCACCUCAGUCGAUUUGUCUCCAAGGCAGAGGAACACGGUGGCGUUCGCUCCGUACACUUCUCUCGCGACGACAAAAGAAGGGUGACCUCGGAAAAGAUUACAGAGGCAGACACAUCCUUUGAGGAAAUAUCGGGUUGGCUGUCAAUUUAUCCCAGAUGA